GUUGGUUUACUUCCUCUGUAACAUGUUACAAAUGUUUGCUUCGGAUCACGCUGUUAUCUUCUCCAAGUAAAUGUGUUCCGGACCGAAAGAUGGCGUCUAGAAUCAAGGAAAGCCCACAAUCUGCUUUUGAGGUAUAUAUGGAAGUUGUCCAUCCAGGGAUACAAAGCACAGAGCCUGCAAUCCAAAGGAAAUUCCCAGAAGACUUCAAAGAUGAGGAAACUAUUCAGACUGUGCCCAAGUUCUGCUUUCCGUUCUGCUUGGAUAGUGUCAUAGUCAACCAGAUGGACGAGAAUUUCACAUUUGUUCUGACUGACAUCAACAGUCAACAUAGAUUUGGGUUCUGUCGCCUCUCCUCGAGCUUACACACCUGCUAUUGCAUCCUUAGCUACCUGCCCUGGUUUGAUGUAUAUUAUAAACUGCUGAAUAUCAUUGCAGAUUACACUGUAAUUGGCCAGGAAAUCAAUUUACAAGACCUCCUGGUAUCCUUACACAACCUUUCCAUUCCUGAGCCUGGUGUUCCUGUUCAUCUUGCUAUGCAUUUCUACUUCACUGUACCUGACUUAAAAGAACUCCCCAGAAUGCCAGAGAAUAAGAACCUUACAGAGUACUCUGUAGCCGUAGAUGUCAAUAACAUGCUUCAACUCUACGCUAGUAUGCUUUAUGAACGUCGGAUCCUCAUCUGCUGUAGCACACUAAGCACUUUAACAGCCUGUGUCCAUGGGUCUGCUGCCAUGUUAUAUCCAAUGCACUGGCAACAUGUUUACAUUCCAGUCCUCCCUCAACAUCUUUUAGAGUAUUGCUGUGCUCCAAUGCCCUACCUCAUUGGAGUGCAUUCCAGCCUGAUGGGGAAACUUCAAGGAAUGGCUAUGGAGGAUGUAGUGAUCCUGAAUGUGGACACCAACACCCUUGAAACACCCUAUAAUGACCUUCAAAGCCUACCCUAUGACGUGGUUUCAUCUCUAAAAAGUCGUCUGAAGAAGUUUUCAACAACCGCAGGCGAUGGUGUGGCUCGUGCCUUCCUCAAGAGUCAGGCAUCUCUGUUUGGGAGCUACCGAAAUGCUCUUCAGAUUGAGUUGGGUGAACCAAUAACAUUUAAUGAAGAAAUCUUUGUCAAUCAUCGAUUGAGUGCCAUGAGAGAUUUCCUUCAGAAUGCCAUCCAGCUUCAACUUUUCAAACAGUUCAUUGAUGGCCGUUUGGAGUUAUUAAACUCAGGAGAAGGUUUCAGUGACAUCUUUGAGGAGGAGAUCAACAAAGGCGAUUAUGCAGGAAGUGAUAAAUCUUACCACCAAUGGUUAACAACUGUGAAGAAAGGGAGCGGGGCUAUCUUAAACACAGUGAAGACCAAGGCAAACCCAGCUAUGAAGACUGUUUAUAGAUUUGCUAAGGACCAUGCCAAAAUGGGUAUCAAGGAAGUAAAGAGCCGGCUAAAGCAUAAGGAAAAUGUGGAUAAUGGACCAGGAAUCAUUGUUGGGGGCAAUGACUUUGUUGCAAUAAGAGUCAAGAGUGAGGGGCCAACACAUACGUUGGAUGAACAAAGAAUGAAUUGGCAAUUUGGACUGACGCAGUCACCCAUGCUGUUGAAGAAAAACAAUUGUAAUGAAAGUCUGGAAAGUUGUCACAACCAGCCACAGCGAUACUACUCACUAAGGGACGAUGAGUGGAUAGAAGAACAUGGUUCUAAUUUGGGUAUAGAAUCUCCCAGCCCGCUUCAAGAGAACCUUUCCAAUGUCAGCAUACUCACAAAUCUCUUCAGCUGCCUGGAUGAGGAUGAUAGCCAACCACUUCCUUUGGCUAAAAGUCUUGAGGACCUGAAGAGUCUGCAAGACUAUGAAAAGCUUCAAGCCACGUUCACCUGUCAGCGGAAGGACCUUGGUUUCUGGGAACACUCACAAAUACCUCCAGGCCUCAAGGUCCCCAACACUUACAACAAGCUGUUGAAUAACAAAACGCAUCAAACUGACAUUUUCUCUUGGGAAACUCCUACCUGGACGAAAACCCAAUCUGCCCAACUUCUUACACAGAAUAUUUCCCACAACAGUAAUAGUUCAGGCCUUGAACCACAACACUCAUCCAGCCCAGAUAAUAUUACCAUACCUCGUCCUCACGGAAAGAAGAGUGCUGAGCUUGCAACUCUGUUAGCACCACUUAUUGGGCAGUCUCAAUCUAAAUCAUCUAAUGAGGAAAGCACAAAAGCAGGGGGUCAAGAAUUUCGGAAAGCCCUGAGCAACGUUGCAGAGGAUCACAUGGAUUUGAUAAGCCUUCUGGACCCCCUUAACAAGUCACCACGGAUCAGUUCAACAUUAACAAGGGAUGAAAGGAAUAUUGAUGUGUCCUCAACUUCUUACAAAACAACAACUCCGCCUAAACUUGACCCAAUGAGCCAGCCUCCUUUUCAGCCAUAUCACAUGUCACCUACUGUCUCUACUCAGUCUGUCUGGGAUCACCUUCCUCAAAUGCAAUAUUUGUCAGGAGCGAGAAGAACACCUUUCAGCGCAGUCUCCGAACCACCAAUUGCGUCUUAUCUACACGAUCCGACCCAGCCACGGCCUUUCCCUGCACUCUCAGAAGUCUAUGAACAGCAGUUGCCUGCCAGUCCUACUCCUUUUCCCAGUUAUCGUCUGGGUCACCCUUCCUCAUAUAUCCCACUGCCUCAGUCAUCAACCAGCAAUCAUGGACUUACAGGAAUGACAGACUCAAUGCUUGUCCCAAGUACUGCUCCCAACACACUCACAAGGCCACUUCAAAUGGAAGAAGGCAACCAGAAAACUCAGGAUCUUUUUGGUGACCUUCUAAUGAUGAUUAAACCAACUCUACCUCUCCAAAAGAGCAUGGAUCCGCUUCAGAAGAGGUGGGAAACAUUUGACUGAAAUCUUUCCGUAGACUUGUUCCACUUUGACAGAGCCAAAUGUUUUCAUUAUUGCAUCAGAAACCUCUUUGGAAGAAUUUGAAAUAGCAUUAUGGUGUCUUAAGAAUUAGUGCAUUAGUUCCUUACACAAAACCUAAACUGUCAUUAAUUAUAUUGUUUAUAUGAAACAUUACAUGACAAAUUAAUAAAACACCACAUACAGCAAAGGCAUUUAAAAAAAAUGAAAUCUUUCUUGGACUCAUGGUCACCUCAAAUUCAUUAAAAACAUUAAAAUUAGGUUUGAAUUUGUUUUCUUUGGUUUCUGUCACCUUAAGUUGACAAUAGCAUUUGGUGAUUGUAAAGCAAUUCAUAUCAGAUCAAUAAAGAUUUCUCCACUCAUAACACAGCUUCUUUGUCAUUUUUAAAGAAUGUCAGUUGAAGGAAAUUAGUAUGUGAAUGCAUUUUGUCAUAUGGAUGCCGGUGUAAUUUCUUCAGUUUGUACAGAGCCUAUAAGGUGACAUGGAAGAAGAAAAAAUUAAGGUUAAAACAAAAAAUAAUAAAGGUUGAAGAAAAAUUUCUCUUGGAAGAUUUCGCCCAGGCGGUAUGGUGACACAUAGCACAUCUGCCUCAUUGUCCUGAGGACCCGGGUUCAAAUCCAGCCUCCCCUGUAUGGAGUUUGCAUGUUCUCCCUAUGCCUACGUGGGUUUUCUCCGGGUACUCCAGUUUC